AUGGCUUCUCUCAAGUCUUCGAAAUUUCUAGAGCGAUUCGGCUACGAUGUGCUACUCGGAUCAGUAGCUGCGUUUUAUGUCUUCAUGGCCCCUUACACUAAGGUUGAAGAAAGCUUCAACGUUCAGGCAAUGCAUGAUAUUCUAUAUCAUCGGCAAAACUUGGACAAUUAUGAUCAUUUGGAGUUCCCAGGAGUUGUGCCUCGGAGUUUUCUCGGUGCUUUGCUUGUAUCGAGUUUGGCAUCCCCAUCUGUUCUAGCAAUGAGCUUGCUGCGCAUGCCAAAGACUUGCGGUCUUAUUGCAAUUCGUUUGACAUUAGGAUGCAUCAUAUUAUCUACAUUACGCUUCUUUCGUCUUCAGCAGGUUAGAGAAAAGUUUGGGCGUCAGGUAGAAGCUUUUUUUGUAAUACUGACUGCAACUCAAUUCCACCUUUUGUUCUACUGUACCCGUCCACUCCCAAAUAUACUAGCUCUAGGCGCAGUCAACUUGGCAUAUGGAUAUUGGUUAAAGGAGAAGUCUUAUGCAGCUUUAAAUUGUCUGAUCUUUGCUACCGUUAUUUUAAGAUGUGAUAUUCUGCUACUUCUAUGUCCUGUUGGCUUGGAGCUUUUGUUGACUAGAUCAAUUUCUUUCUGGAAGGCACUGAAGUGCUGCACUUUGUGUGCUCUAUUGUGCACAGGUUUUACUGUAUUUGUAGAUUCAAUAAUGUGGAAGAGAUUACUUUGGCCUGAAUUUGAAGUUUUCUGGUUCAAUUCUGUUCUGAAUCGAAGUUCAGAGUGGGGUACACAUAGAUUUCACUGGUACUUCACUUCAGCACUUCCUCGCUCAUUGCUUGCUGCAUACCCUCUUUUCCUGCUAGGGAUCGUACUUGACAGAAGGGUUUUGCCGUUCACUAUUCCAGUCUUUUCCUUUAUUUUACUAUACUCUAAGCUGCCCCAUAAGGAGCUCCGCUUUAUCAUUAGUUCAAUUCCAAUCUUCAACUUAUCUGCUGCAAUCGCAGCUACUAGAAUCUACAACAAUAGAAAAAAGACAUUCUGGAAGUUUCUCUAUUUAAUUAUGCUCGGAUUAAUGUUCAUCAGUCUAGGGUGCACGGCCAUAACUUUCAUGGCAUCCAAUGAGAAUUAUCCCAGUGGUCAUGCUUUAAAACAUUUGCAUAAGAUUGGUCAUUCUGGGAACAGAACAGAAGAAAUCUGGGUCCAUAUUGAUACGUACUCAGCCAUGAAUGGAAUAUCCCGCUUUUGUGAACAUGAUUUUCCAUGGAGAUAUUCGAAAGAGGAAGGAAUUCCGAAGGAAGAAUUAUGCCAGAGAAAUUUCAAAUAUCUUAUCAAUGAGCAUCCUGCAAUCAAUGGAUUCAAGUGUCUAUCCUCUGUAAAUGGGUUUUCACGUGUUCGUCGUCAAAUUGGGUUCCCACCAAUUUUACUGGUAAAAGAGCCUAAAGUAUAUAUUCAUGGAAAUGUAAAACACAGCCAUGUCCUUGACAAAAUUUGGCCAGGCUGCUCCUGACUUUUUUAUGCAGUGAUGAUGAAUAUCCUAAAUAUUUACUAUGAUGAAAGAUUAUCCUUUUGCUUUUUGUAAAAUACCAUGACUAUUAAGAAAACCAGUGGACAACAAUCCCUUUAUUAAUGAAUGCAUUUCUUAAAAUGCUUUGGGAUCCA